AUUAACAUUUAGGGAUGUGGCCAUUGAUUUCUCUGAAGAGGAAUGGAAAUACCUGAAUCCUGCUCAGCAGAAUUUAUAUAGAGAUGUGAUGUUAGAGAUUUAUAGAAGCCUGGUCUUUCUGGGAAUGUCUCCUCAUCAAAUACUAGAAAUUUCAGCAGAUCAAGGAAUAAACUAUUUAUGGCAAACCAUGAAAAAUGGAAGUCCUAGAAAACAUCAGUGUGACCAUUUAAAAAAGAAGGUUUAUGAACACAAUAAAAGUGAGAAAGUUUUUCAUAAAGGCUCAAAAUGUAUCCAUCCAAACUUUCAUAUCCAAGAAAAGAAUUAUCAAUGUAAGGAAUGUGAAAGAGCUUUAAAUAAACUUGAAAGCAUUACUGAACACCAGAUAAUUCAUACUGGAGAGAAGCCCUACAAGUUUAAAAAGUAUUUCAAAGCAUUUAAGGAUUCCUCAACCCUUUAUCAUAACAGUGAUAUACCGUGCAUAAGUAAAGAAUGUGACAAAGGUUUUACUCAAACCUCAAUCAUUACUAAACACCAUAGGAUUUUCUGUGGAGAGAGACCAAAGAAAUGUAAGGAAUGUGGCAAAGUCUUUCAGUGUCAUUCAAAACUUAUUAAAAACUGCAGUAUUCAUACUGGAGAGAAGCCCUACAAAUGUAAAGAAUGUGGCAAAGCUUUUAAUAGAAGACCACACCUUAUUCAACAACAGAGAAUUCAUACCAAGGAGAGACCAUAUAAAUGUAAAGAAUGUGGAAAAGCUUUUAAUUUUAGGCAACACCUUACUCACCAGAGAAUUCAUGUUGGAGAGAAGCCAUACAAAUGUAAAGAAUGUGGCAAAGAUUUAAAUCAAAGAUCAGACUUUUUAGUUCACCAGAGAUUUCAUACUGGAGAGAAACCAUACAAAUGUAAAGGAUGUGGUAAAGCUUUUAAUAUUAAACAAAGCCUUAUUGUUCACCAGAGAAUUCAUACUGGAGAGAAGCCCUACAAAUGUAAAGAAUGUGGCAAAGCUUUUAAUCAAAGAACACACCUUUGUCGUCACCAAAGAAUUCAUACUGGAGAGAAGCCAUACAAAUGUGAACAAUGUGGUAAAGCUUUUAAUAGAAAAUCAUAUCUUAUGCAUCAUCAAAAAAUUCAUACUGGAGAAAAGCCAUAUGGAUGUAAAGAGUGUGGCAAAGCUUUUAAUCAACCAUCACACCUUACUCGUCACCAGAGAAUUCAUACUGGAGAGAAGCCAUACAAAUGUACAGAAUGUGGCAGAGCUUUUGCUCUCAAGAAAACCCUUAUCGAUCACCAGAGAAUUCAUACUGGAGAGAAGCCAUACAAAUGUAAAGAAUGUGGCCAAGCUUUUAAUCGAACAUCACAACUUACUCAACACCAGAGAAAUCACACUGGAGAGAAGCCAUACAAAUGUAAAGAGUGUGGCAAAGCUUUUAAUCGAGGAUCACAUCUUAAUCAACAUCAGAGAAUUCAUACUGGAGAGAAGCCACACAAAUGUAAAGAAUGUGGCAAAGCAUUUAAUCAAAGAUCACGUCUUAUACAACACCAGAGAAUUCAUACUGGAGAAGACAUAAGAAUGUAAAGAUUCUUACAUUCCUACAUUCUUACUUGGCAAAGCCUUAUAGGUCACCAGAGAAUUUAUACUGGAGGGAACCCAUACAAAUAUAAAAAAAAAAUGUGGCAAAACUUUUAGUCAAAUUUCCAGGCUCAAUGUUGACCAGAAAAUUUAUACUGGGGAAGAGCCAUACAAAUGUGAAGAAUGUGGUAGAGUUUUUAAGUAUGUUUCAAGUGUUAUGAAGUACCAGAGAAUUCAUAGUUGAGAAUUUUUGGAAAUCUAUAAAAUGAAAAGUCAUUUAAUGUGCAAACACACCUUAUUGAUCACCAAAGAUUUUAUACUAGAAAGACAACUUACUGUACUAAAGAGAAAUGUGGCAAAGUUUUUAAUCAAAUCUCACCAUUUGAAAAUUAUCAGACAUUAUACUAGUGAUUACACCCUACAAAUGUAAACAAUGUGACAAAGCUUUUAAUGAAGGUUCACAUCUUAAAAAAUCUCCACAGAUUGAGUAUUAAAGAGAAGCCCUAUAAAUAGCAAUGAUACAUCAGAGCUUUAGUCAAAUUUUUUAAAAAAGCAUACUCUAUCAAAACCUAAUGCAUACAAUGUGUGCAUCUGUAACUUGCAUGCCUUGCAUAUCAGSAAAAUAUACAUUAUUGAGGAAAAUUUUGAUCUAUGAGAAGUAUAGCAAGGUGUUAUAUUGGAUAUGCUUCUGAAUAUAAUAAUUUUCAGGGAGAUUAUAUAUUAAUUGAGAAUGUGAUAUUACUUUUAUAGUUGCUUAAAAUUUAAUUGGCAUAACUAGUUAAUGUGAUAGAAAUAAAGAAAUUCUUAGAUAACACUAUGGUACAGACUGUCAGGAGCUGACCUGGAUGCAGAUCCCUUCAAUUCCUCAUGCACCAGGUUCUGAACAAUUACUGUCUUCAGUCUGGCAUGGUAGUCCCAAGUCUCAGUAACUUUGGAGUUCCCCCAGCUAGGAUAAAAGGUGUGCCUCCAGGAGUAGGUGUUACCCACUGAGGUUGAGUUACACUCACCUGUUCCUUUGUAAUCCUACCCCUUUGUUCUUUUGGGGAUAGAAUGUUCCAUGGAACUUGCCCCUUGUGUAUCUCCUAUAUAAGAAUAAAUAAUUCCAGUGGCUCUCUCUUUCCAUGGACCUUUAAGGUUGGAGAGCCAUCAUGGCUCAGCCAUAACUCUUAGAAGUUACUACUGUGUGCUUGUGUGAUUUUUUUUUGUCAUUUUUCUUAAGUUAUUGGAAUAGUCAAAUUUUGUGAAGCCAGAAUUGGGUCUCCAGUUAGGGUAGAUGGCAAUAAAUGGAGGCCUGGUGAAGGCGAUCCCCCACUCACUGUCGUGACAGG